UUUAAGUGUCUGAGUAUAAUACGUGCGAAAGUCUGCUGACAUAGCAGAUGAUAUUUUCAGUUUCGCCCUUUCUGCAUUUAGGUUAUGUUAGUGAUGAAGUCAGUCCUCAGAUAUGUUAUGAAAAAUUAUAACCGAAAACGAUGUAAAACGAUAAGUAAAUUGUUUAUUUGGCAUAUCAUUAGAAUUUAGUUCACUUCGUUCACUGGUGUUUAAGUCGUGAUAUUAUAACAGGAAUAGUUAAUUAGUUAUUUUCGUAAUUGAAAUUACAAGUCACAGUAACUGAAAUAUCAGGACUGGUGUAAUGGUCCGAAUUUAUAUAGGUUGGACUAUUCUUAUAGGGCGUGUUACCUGACCACAGAGCUGAGAGAAUGAUUGAAAUAUAUUCAAAUUUUAGCACAUAUUUCUGGAUAUGACUGUGUGCAUAAAAGUACAUUAUUUAGUGAACCUGGAAAAAAGGCUCAAGGAACAAGAGGACAAGUAGCAUGUAUCUUCUCUGAAUGAACCCAAGUGAUGGUAAUAACCUGUCCAAAGGAAUGUGUGAGAAGGCAGAUGGCAGUGAGGAUGAUAGCACUCAGUAUGAUGAAUAUGAUGAGGCCAAUAUUUUACCCUUUCAUGUUAACACUGCCUUAAAUGAAAAUCGUCCUGUCAGAACAGUUGGAAAGAACGAUACAGAAGAAGCAGUGAGUUGCUACUGUAGUGCAUCUCACACUGACAACAACUAUUCUACAGAUGAACAUGAGCAUGACAGCAUAAGAGAAGGUAUGGGUGGGGUAGGAAUUGCCUGUGGUGGUUUGCAGCUUAGUGACAGUGGGGCUGAUCUGUCAGAGUGUGGAGGGGACAUUCAGUAUACAUCAUCAUCACGUCACGAAGAUUGGGAACGAUAUUGGUCAGCUAAUGGGGAAAGAAUUAUAUGGCAAAGCUGGAUAACCAAGUAUGGUGAAUAUGUUAAUCCAGAUUAUUUUGCUAAUGCUGAUGGUACUGUAUUUUCUGAAAGUAAUAAGGUUUUGCCAGAGGAUGGUCAAGUCAUUCAAAUUAAGGAUCCUCCUCUUGAUGAUUCUUCUAAAAGUAAAACAAACCAAUGCAGUUUCAUUGAUGAACAACAUACUGCAUUCCGUGGAGAAGAAUCUACUUACCACCCUCACUCAAGUACAUUCCAUAGUUCAUUCCAGAACAGUUUUCCCAAAGAUGAACAGGAUGUAUCGAAAGAUAACCCUUAUUCUGAUAGUGUGGAGACAGGUGUUGACCUUUCUUCCAAGAACUUCUUAGAUGAUGAUGUUGAUGGAUAUUCAGGUCCAAGGACUGAAAAGACUGAUAUGCAAGGUUCCUUUGAACUCCAGCUUCCAGAAAUCAUAAAGACUAAUGCUGCAAGCAAAGAUGAAAACUUGCUCAUUUUAUCAGCUGGUGAAACUCCAGAAACAGAGGCCAAACAGGAUAUGUUAAUGUGCAACAGUGACAUAAACGCAGUUGACAGCUGGAGUCCAUUAUCACCUUCAAGUACAGAUGAUUCUUCGGGAGAUGGAAGUGGAGAUGAUAAUGUUGUAGCUGGUAGUGUUGCUAACACAGCAUUAACAUCUGAUUCAAUGACUAAUGUGACCAAGAUCACAAUUUCAUCACUGGACUUCAGCUGUGAUACAGAAGAUUCAGUUCAUAGCAGUUCCUUGUCAUCUUCUUCAGCUGGUUCUGGAAGUGCUCCAUGCACAACAGAUGAAGCAGAUCAGUACUGGCAGGAACUAUGGAAGAAACACUUCAGUGAACAAUACUAUGUCCAUUAUAAUGCUUUUCUGGCUUGGGAACAGAAGGAAGCUAAUGAAGAAAUUGAAGCCGCUACAGUUGAAACGUUAGACACCAAUCAUCCUUUAUUUCAAGUGGGAGAAGAAUUUUCAGGUGCCAAACAGAGUUAUUUCCAUGAAAUAAAACCUAAUAUAGGUAAUGUUUCUGCUAGUUGUAUCAAAGAUAAUAUUAAUUUAAAUUUUAUUGAAAAUUGUUAUUCAACUGAUGAUAUUUCAUUAACUGCCAAUGCUGUUGUUACUAAUGAUUACUCUUAUUCUACAGAAAUAGAAUUUUCAUCCAAGCAUAAGUCUUGUUACUCUGAAGUUGAGGAUCUGAAUAAAGAAUCUGAAGAGAAUUUACCUUGCUCAUGUUCUGUGUCAGUGACUGAACACCCACAUAGUCCUUCAUUUGAGGAAAGUAUUUCAUGUACUGGAAAGAUGGAAUUAGGUGUUGGAACUGAUCAGAGUUUUGGGGAACUUAAUCAAACAAAGGAACAGCUUUAUUUUAAAAUGGAAAGAAUGUGUGGAGAUACAAAACAACGAACUGCUUCAGUGGAUGAAUGUUCUUCAAGUUUUGGAAAGCUAGAAGCGAGUGCUGGAACAUGUCACAGUUUUGAUGAAUUAGAUCAUGAAAAGGAACACCUUAGCAAUUCAGAUAUGGUGGUGGAAGAAAAAGAAGACACUGUAAGGUUACUUAAUGUAACACAUGUACAGGAAUCAUCAAAGAUUGUCAGUACACAGUCUCAUCUACUUCCAUUAUUAAAGAGGGCUUCGGGCAGAAGAGGCAGGUCAAGGCUUUUUAUGGACUCUGUGGGCCAUCUGAUUGAGAGUCUCAGCAUGCUUGAUUCUCAUCCGUCCGAUGUGAUAGAACCUCAUGACACUAGUGAUCAUGUUGGUAACACUGCAGCAGGUACAGAAAGCGAUGGGAACUUUGAAUCAAAUGCUGAUUCCCACAGACAUGUGGAUAGAAGCACCAUCUUGAGAAUAUCUGUUCACAGGGGCUCUGGAGAUGAACCCCUAGAAGAGAAACCAGUAACUCUGAAAAGAAGUCAUGAAAGUGACUCUGAUGAGUCUGGGCUGGGUCGUGUUAAGAGUGCAUUUACACUCAUGGGUUUGGCCUUUGCUCCAAACAAGCAAAGCACUCCUUCACAAGCAUCAAGUGGGAUGUCCUUGGUACCAAGCAUUCAUCAUGGAUCAGUUUUAUACAGGAAACGCAACAUUCGUGACCAAAAUCGUCAGCUAAAGAUGAAUAUCCACCAGCGCCGGGCACAGAAGCAACAUCAGUUACUGGCUUCAUGCACAGUUACUUCUGCACUUGCCAAGGCAAAACAAUUUCUGGAGCUGGAAGCACAAUAUUCUGUUGAGGAUGCAUCUAUAAAGGCAGCUUUAGGCUAUGAAAAUCAUUCUAGCUCAGAUGAGGAGCAGCUUGCUCAGUCCUCUCGGCCUGUCAGCUCAUUAACCAGUCACAGGGAGAAAAGGUUACCUGUGGCAGCUGCGAUAUGUCCCAGUGUGGAUGGCGAUAUGGACCUUGCUGAAAGUGAAUAUGAGGACAUGGAGCUGCCAGAUGAGGAGGGUAGUGUGCUGAUGGGGAACAAGGAGGAACCCAAACUGGAUGUCAAGACAGAAACAUCGCCUGCUGAAGAAGAGAACCAUUCGGUUUUAAUGAGAUCCAAGACAGAUGAUGCCAUUUUGACGGAAAAGUUCUGUGAGGAAGAGCAGGAGAAAGUUACCAAGAAAUCACAACAGCAGAAAAAGAAGAAAAAGAAGCAGAACAAGAGAAUGUCACUAACAUCUCUACCAGAGGAGGUUGCCUCAAACAAGAUACUUAGAAAAUACUGGGUCCGACGCUAUCAGCUCUUCUCCAGGUUUGAUGAGGGAAUUAAACUUGAUGAUGAGAGCUGGUUUUCAGUAACACCAGAGCGCAUAGCAGAACAUAUUGCAGAGCGAUGUCGUUGUGAUAUUGUUGUGGAUGCUUUCUGCGGUGCUGGUGGCAACUCAAUUCAAUUUGCUUUCACAUGUGCUCAUGUAAUAGCAAUAGACAUUGACCCAAAGAAGAUAGCUCUUGCUCGUCAUAAUGCUGAUGUGUAUGGAGUUGCUGACCGAAUAGAAUUUGUGGUGGGAGAUUUCCUGAGAUUGGCCCCUUCUCUACAUGCCGAUGUGGUCUUCCUCAGCCCUCCUUGGGGAGGACCACAAUACCUGAAUACAGAUGCCUAUGACAUUGAAAGUAUAAUGCAACCUUUUGGAGGCUCACAGUUGUACAAGGUUUCUUUGAGCAUCACAGAGAACAUUGCUUAUUAUGUUCCUCGCAAUAUCAACACAGACCAGUUGGUGAUGCUAGCUGGACCAGGAGGACAGGUAGAAAUAGAACAAAACUUCCUAGAUAAGAGGUUGGUUGCAAUAACUGCAUAUUAUGGAGAAUUAAUACAUGAGUAAGUAUAGGGUAAAUAAAAACAUUGAAAGGCUUGGUAAACUCAUUUCACAUAUUUUAAUUAGAAUCCCAUAUAUCUCGGGAGAAAAUCCUACAUCUUGCAUACAUACAUUAUUUAUUGACAACCAUCAUAGCUUCACAUAUUCCACAAGCUAUGCAAUGUCAUUUGCAUAAAUGUGUCUUAAUUGGUUUAUGUUCAUUACAGUCAUGUACUGCUUUUUAUGUAUCAUUUUAUUUCUUUUAUAGCCAAAUAUAUGUACUUUUAAUAAAAAAGUAUUUAUUAAAAUUUUAUGGCUCCUA